AGCAGAAUCAGAAGAACAAUAUCAGCCGGCACAGCGCGAGGCAGGGUGUGUUGGCUAAAACAGGGUCGGGGUUGAGUCUCCCUCACGCCACUGCCUCCUCCAUCAUACACACACUCUUCCCCGGCUCCCCCACCGAUAAUUCCCCUAUAAAUCCGUCGCCCCCUUCUCCCUCCUUCCUCCCCCCCUCCCUCCCCACACUCGAGCUCACCUGAACCCAAGGCUGCUCCCCGCCCGCGUCCUCGCGCGCGCAAGCAUCCAGUCAGUUACUUGUGUCCCCGAGAACCGGCGAGCUUCUUGCUUGCCCCUUUUUUACUACAGUUUCGCCAUGGAAACCAAGGAAUCCACGGUGGCGGCGGACGCGAGCCGACGGCUGCCCCCCGGGUUCCGGUUCCGCCCCACCGACGAGGAGCUGGUCGUGCACUACCUCCGCCGCAGGGCGCUCUCGUCGCCGCUCCCCGCCGCCGUCGACAUCCCCGACGUCCGCCUCCUCGCGCACGACCCCUCCGACCUCCUGCCCCCAGGGUGGAGUGAGGAGGAGAGGUACUUCUUCACGUGCAAGGAGUCAAAGUACGUGAAGGGUUGCCGCGCGAACCGGGCCACGGGCGCCGGGUACUGGAAGGCCACGGGGAAGGAGAAGCCGGUGGCCGUGAGCGUGCCGGCGGCCAAGGGCGCCGCCGUGGUGGUGGGCAUGAAGCGCUCGCUGGUGUUCUACCGGGGGAAGGCGCCGAGCGGCAAGAAGACGGACUGGGUCAUGCACGAGUACCGCCUCGCCGGCGCUGGCCUCGCCCCGUGCCGCCUGGCGCAGGCCGCCGCCAACGCGAACCCCGAGGAGGGCUGGGUGCUCUGCCGCGUCUUCAGGAAGAAGAAGGGCGCGGCCGCCGCCGCCGACACGGGCGACAUCCAAGAUCCCGCACCCGAAGACGACGGCGGCGGCGCUCAGAGCGGCGUCCGGUUCAUCGACUUCUUCGCGCGCGCGGAAUCGCGGCGGCGGCGCGCGGCGUCACCGGUGUCGUCGAGCUGCGUCACCGACGCCUCGGCCGAGCAUUGCAGGGAGCAGCAGGAGACCACCAGCCGUGGCUGCUGAUCGAAACCGUGGGGUUGUGUUGGGUAGAGUGAGAGAAGCUAGAGAUCCGAGUAGUAACGCAAAGCUGUGACUGAUGAGCAAGGCUCUUGUGAAUUAAGCUUUGCUAAGCCGCUUAACCAACAAGAGCUUUGCGGAUGCAGCGCAAAAGUUGUCGUCAACCCCAGUCUUCAGCCCGGUCAUGCGGUGUAGCUGCUCCUGCCCGCGCUGGAACUAAUGUAUCUGAUGAGUUUUUAAGAAGAAAUCCCUUCGCAGAUGUUCGUCUUUUUCUUAA